CGUUUAUCGCGUAGAAGAAGACUUCACUUCCGGGUUGUUUGUUUGUGUUAGCACUUAGCAGCUAAGGACAGCCUGCCUGAAGAUGUCUGCCACAGAAGACGACACGGAGCUCAGGGAUCUUCUCAUCCAGAACCUGGAGAACAAUGGAGUUCUAAACAAACUCAAGGCGGAGAUGAGGGCUGCUGUGUUUCUGGCGUUGGAGGAGCAGGAUCGACUGGAGAACAAAACGCCGCUGGUCAAUGACAACCUGAAGAAAUGUCUCAACACCAAAGAUGGUCGUCUGGUUGCCAGUCUCAUUGUGGACUUCUUGCAAGUGUUUCAUCUGGACUUCAGCCUGGCUGUCUUCCAGCCGGAGAUCAACACGCAGCUGAGUGGUCUGGACAGUCGUCAGCUGCUCUGUAGUGAGCUCGGCUUGCCGGAGGCAGAGCUUAACACAAACUCACCUCUGCUGCUGGAGCUCGUGCGACGAGGGCGACGCAAGGUCGCAUCCAUCAUGGCAGCUGAGGUGGUGUCGGAUGAGAACAGAAUCCCGUCUCCGCCUGUCAACAAGGUCGCCAUCUCUGAUGGCGAGGAGGACGAGCAGCAGGACUGCAGACCCCUUACGGAGGCGGACAGUAGGGCUUUAUCUUCAGUUCCAGACCAGCGUUUGGAUGUGGAUGCGAACGUGGAGGACCACCAAGACGAGGACGAUUCCUUUUUCGAUGACCCGCUUCCUAAACCUCAGAAGACCUACGGCUGGCAGGCGGACACGGGUGGCAGCAGACAGCAUCCAGACGUCUCGCUGUCGGAGGCAGACCACACACCAGGAGGAGAAGGAGGAGGAAGCGCAUCAGAAAAAACAUCACAUUCCCGCGAGAAAGGAUUCAGAGACCAGAAGAUGCACAGCAAAGAGGAUGAAGGCGGGUCGCUGAAUUUAGAGGACGACAUGGAAUACAACGACGACGACUUUAACAGCCAUCGCUCUGACCACUACAAGAGCGAGUUGAGCAUCAGCGAAGACAUCGAGGAGGUUUCCAUCGAGGGACCUGACAACAGCGACAAGGAGGACACAGUGGACCUGAGCGUCUCUGAGCUGAGCCACAGUCAUGGAGUGGACUACAUGGAGGAGGUGGCCUGACCUUCUUCCUCUUGUACAGUUUUAAUAAGCCAAUAAAUGUUUAUCACAAACCACCAGCCUCAUCCUGCAGCAGCAACUUCAAACUGUCAUGUCUAUCCGGCCACCAGGGGGCGCUGUGGAACAUUCAAAGCAGUCAUACGCAGUGUUGGGCAAAUGACUUAAAAAAAUAAAAAACAUUUCA